AUGCCGCCCAUUCUCAACAUCUUGGCGUACGGUCGAGGAGAGGUUAUCGAUGACAGACCAGCCGCGCCGGACCGACCAAUCGACCGGGAGAAGAUCGAAAAUUCGGCCAAGAGCAAGCGUACUGCUCCAGCCGAAGCCUACAACGUUCCCGUCUACGUCGAAGGCAUGUCCACCUGGAGCAACGGUCGUCUUUUGAUCAGCCAAGAGCCUUGGAGAGGCGACCAGAUCAGAGCACGCACAGCUGACUGGAUCGACAAUGACCUCCACGAGCGUGGAGUCCGUCACUUGGCAACCCGCCAGGAGACGCCAGAAUCCGAAUGGUUCUCUAGCACGCUGACGCCUAGACAUGGUAGUGCCGCCAACCCUUUUGUCAAACCCUCGAAUCCUGCCACAGCCGAACCCCUAUCGACUUCAGUCGUUGAGCGUCUGCAUCUCGAGCAGAGAAGAGACUCGACUCAGCCCACCGAAGCUCAGAUCAGGCCAGGCCGCCGUCAUUCCAUCAACGAAGGUCGUGUUUCUGCGGCAGGUACGAUGUCUGGUCCUGGAGCAAGACGGCAAUCUUCUGCGUCUAUGCCGGAACUGAGAUCGUUACCCGACUACAGAAACGAUGAUGGUCUGCUGCUGGCUUCAGAAGAGACCGCAACUGAGGAAGAAACUCUCUUGGCGACACAACCAGACACCGUGCCCGACACUGAUGGCAAUGUGAAUGGCGCUCUUGCGUCGAACACCUUUUUGCACACACUACCAGCGGAUCUUGGCGCUGACGGUGAUGGCUGCGGAGAAGCUGUGGCCUCGCUCCCCGGCCCUUUCGACUUGGAUGGCAUGAUUCCACCGAGCGUCCUCGAACAUGGAGCUCUCAUUGCAAACAGAACCCGCGUACCGAACAACUCCCUCACCAACACUUAG